UUGUUUCGCAAUUAAAAUAAUAUAUCGAAUAAAAGUUGAAGUUUGGUGAUAAAGCAGGAAAAACACGUUAACCAAAAACUUUAACAAACAAAAACUGUAUAUAAAGAACGAGAUAUAAAUAAAGAAAUGGCGAUGGUAAACAUGAAUAACCUAUUGAACGGAAAAGAUUCGAGGUGGCUACAGUUGGAAGUGUGCCGAGAGUUUCAACGCAACAAAUGUACGAGGCCUGACACGGAGUGCAAAUUUGCACAUCCACCAGCCAACGUUGAGGUACAAAAUGGACGAGUCACCGCUUGCUACGACAGUAUCAAGGGUCGAUGUAACAGAGAGAAACCACCGUGCAAGUACUUCCAUCCGCCACAGCAUCUUAAAGACCAGUUAUUAAUCAACGGUCGGAAUCAUCUCGCGUUGAAAAACGCCCUGAUGCAACAGAUGGGCCUUACACCAGGACAGACCUUAGUACCAGGCCAGGUGCCCGCUGUGGAGGUGACUGCACCACCUCCUUCGUCACACCAUCAUCAUCUCCAACAGCAAAUCCAGCAACAGCUCCUCGCUACCCACGCCUUUAUGGCGACGAAUCCGUACCUGACAGGAAUGCCGCAGGUUGGUAGCACGUACAGCCCGUACUUCGCGCCUGGCCCCAUAAUGCCAGCGAUAAUGGGUCCAGCCGACCCAACGGGGGGCGUCGGAAGUCCGCUUGGCGUAGUUCCGCAGACGGUCGCCGUACCCCAGAAAAUGCCAAGGAGCGAUCGACUCGAGGUAUGUCGUGAGUUCCAGCGCGGGGCGUGCAAACGCGGCGAGACGGAGUGUCGGUUUGCGCACCCCCUGGAGACGGUGCAGGCGAACGAGGACGGCUCUGUGACGGUCUGCAUGGACGCAGUCAAGGGCCGAUGCAAUCGAGACCCCUGCCGCUAUUUCCAUCCCCCUCUGCACCUUCAAGCCCACAUUAAGGCCGCACAAUCUCGGGCUAGCAUUGCGCAGACGGCGACUGUGCAGACAAAUGUACCGGGAAUGGGCACCGUCGCAGGAGUGCCAGGAGUGCCAACGGGACUCCAGAACGCAGCUGCAGCGGCCGCUGCAGCCAAUAUGGCCGCCGUCGAACUCGGCAAGAAACGGAUGCGCGAUCCCAAUGACGACCUGCUAAUGAUGGACAUGAAAUCAGUCGGGUCAUUCUACUACGAGAAUUUUGCCUUCCCCGGAAUGGUACCGUACAAACGUCCAGCCGGCGACAAGUCGGGCAUGCCUGUGUACCAGCCCUCGGGAGCGGCGACGACCUACCAGCAGCUGAUGCAGCUACAGCAGCCAUUCGUCCCCGUCUCAUGUAGAGGUUUUGCUGCUGUUGAUGCUGUCGCUGUUCACCCCUCCUGCUGUUGUUGCUGAUGCUGUUGUUGCUGAUCUGUAGAAUAUCUCUAUGUAUCAAAGAUAACACUCAUAUAACCAUAUACACGAACAAAAGAAAAAAAAAACCCGUAAUAUCGAAUUUGGAAAACUCGAAAAACAACUUUCUCUUUUGUAAAAAUUUCCAACACUUUCCACUAUUUUUUCGUUGGACUAUACAUAUUUAGAAAAACAAAAGUAACACGAAUUCUACGAUAAUAGAGCUCUCUAUUACUAUCAUUGAUAAUUAUAUUUAACUCUGUAUGGUAAUGAAAUAUUCUAUCCUCUUUUUUUACAGAGCUAUAUUAUACACAUUGUAUUAAGUUGCAAAGCUUUGUUCACGUUGAACCUUGCGCAGGCUUUACGCUUUCCAAAAAAAAACAGAUAAAAAAAACAAACAAACGAAAUUAAGUAAAUUAUAAAGUAGAACAAAAUAAA